CUGUUUGUCUGAGAGGUGCUGAGUCAGCUGUGCCCAAUAACCUAAGCCCAGGAUGGUGCUGGAAGUGGACGAUUCUGUCUUCUAUACGACUAACGAGGAACAUGACAUUGAGACAGCUCACGGAAUUGUCCAUGUCACUAUGUGUGGGACGCCCAAGCUGAACCGACCUGUCAUUUUAACCUACCAUGAUAUCGGCUUAAACCAUAAAACCUGUUUCAACUCCCUGUUUAACUUCGAGGACAUGCAUGAAAUCACCCAACACUUCUCUGUGUGCCACGUGGAUGCGCCGGGCCAACAGGAGGGGGCAGCGUCCUUCCCAGCUGGAUACAUGUACCCAUCAAUGGACCAACUGGCCGAAAUGCUCCCUGGCGUCAUCCAGCAACUUGGACUAAAGUCCGUUCUUGGCUUGGGAAUUGGGGCCGGUGCCUAUAUCCUUACCAGAUUCGCUUUGAACCACCCCAGCAUGGUCGAAGGCCUCGUUCUGAUUAAUAUUAACCCCUGUGCAGAAGGCUGGAUGGACUGGGCAGCCACUAAGAUUUCUGGAUGGACCCACGCAUUACCCGACAUGGUCAUUUCCCACCUCUUCUCAAAGGAUGAAGUGCACAGUAACCAUGAGCUGGUGGAGACCUACCGGCAGCAUAUAGUCCAGGACAUUAACCAGAACAAUCUUCAGCUCUUCGUGAAAUCAUACAAUAGCCGCAGAGAUCUGGAGAUCGAACGCCCCUUUCCAGGAUCCAACACUGUUACACUAAAAUGUCCUGCACUGUUGGUGGUUGGAGACAGUUCCCCUGCUGUGGAUGCAGUGGUUGACUGUAACUCAAAACUGGACCCCACUAAGACCACUCUACUAAAGAUGUCAGACUGCGGGGGAUUUCCUCAGGUCGUACAGCCGGCAAAACUUGCUGAGGCUUUUAAAUACUUUGUCCAGGGCAUGGGAUACAUGCCUGCUGCUAGCAUGACCAGACUGAUGAGAUCUCGCACUGGAUCAGCGGCCAGCUCUUCAUCCCAAGACGGCAACAGAAGUAGAUCUCACACCAACGAAGGCUCAAGGAGCCGCUCCCACACCGGGGACGGAAACAGGAGCAGAGCGCACACCGGCGACGGCAACCGCAGCCGUUCGCACACAGACAGCAACAACACCAAUUCCGAGCACAACACUCCAAAAUCCAUGGAAAUCUCCUGCUAAGCUUGGUUCCACCUCAACAACGAAGACCUGCCUGCCAAUGAUAAAGAUUGGAAACAUCUUAACCUCCUCGCUGUCUGGGUUAUUCCACCAGCAAACGGGGGGCUAAGGUUCGAUUUAGUCUCUGUGAACUGAAACACUUGAGGACCAAAGAGUAAAAAUGAAAAAUAAUGUAUAUUGUUCCAGGAAAAUCAGACUUCAAUCCAUGACUAGGAGUCCAGAUAAAAGUGGUAUCAACUAAACCAUAAAUGGGUUGAUUGUGCAUUUAGUACCAAUGGUGUAAACUCUGAUCAUUCUUUGCCUUCCCAGUCGGAAAGGCUUUACCGUGAUAUUUACCCAUAACCACUACAUUCUGAAAAAAUGGCCGAACCCUUUGGGGUUUUUUCAUUCAUUCAAUGUAAAUAUAUAAUGUCAGAGAGAAUAUUUAUAAAGGCAUUGAAAAAAUCCUGUUUUAAUAGUUGAUUUACACUAGAAAAAAUAUUUCCUUAGACAAGACUCUGCCUAUUUUUAUGUCAAAAUAUAUCUCAAAAUUGUAUUAAACGCCUUCAAAGACAAACGGAUAUAAAAAGUUCGAUUUACAAAAAAAAAAAAAUUCUGAUUCUGUUUUGAACUUGUCUUGUGUAAUCGUAUUAAACCAGAAAUAAUCUGAUUCUGUUCUGAGGUUGACAAUAUUAUAACAUGCUUAAUAAUGGGGAAAAGGGGGUGUGGUUUAUAAUUAACUGGAAAAAAAAAUGAAUUUUACUAAGCUAAUAAAAAAAAAAAUGAAAAUGUUUUCCAGAAAAUAGGAGCAACGAGGAGUAAAGCAAGAAAUAUAUUUGAUUAUUGUAGUCCAUACGCACAUAGUGGCUGCUGAUUAGGGAUGCACCGAAUCCACUUUUUUCGGAUACGGCUGAAAUAGGGUUGGACCUGGACAGCCCCGUUUUUCAUGAUGUCACGGCCAGCCUCCUCCCCGCCCCACAAUGUCAUGGCCCCGCCUCCUUCCCGCCCCCAUAAUGUCACCCCUGCCCAGUUAAAGGUGGCCAUACACGAUAAGAUUCGCUCACUUGGCUACGUCGCCAAGCGAGCGAUUCUUCUUCCGAUAUCCCCCACCUAUGGGUGGGUUAUAUCGGGCUUUUUGGUCAUUUGGCCCUGGGGACAAACCGUCGAAUUAAAACGAAGGGUGUAGGCGUCGGUUCGGGCACCACAUCAACGAGCCAAUGCGGCCCCCAAUCCGACUACUUUUUAAACCUGCUUGAUCGAGAUCUGGCCAAUUUCGGGCCAGAUAUUGGUUGGUCAGGCCCAUCGUUAGCGCCCAUACGCGGGUAGAUCAGCUGCCGUAUCGGUCUAAAGGCCCCCAUACACGGGCCGAUAGAAGCUGCCGAUAUGGCUCCCUUGGACCGAUUCGGCAGCUAAUCGGCCCGUGUAUGGGCAGAAACGAGCGGCCUGGCCGACCGAUAUCUGGCCUGAAAUUGGCCAUAUAUCGAUCGGGCAGGUUAGGAAAAAUCCAGUCGGAUCGGGGACCGCAUUGGCUCCCCGAACCGACUGCCCCAUGGCCGCAAAUGUAUUUUUUUUUAAACCCACUUGCUACCCGAAAUCGCCCACCCGUAGGUGGGGAUAUCGGGUGAAGAUCCGCUCGCUUGGCGACAUCGCCAAGCGAGCGGAUCUUAUAGUGUAUGGGGACCUUAAGGGACCAAUAUCGGCAGCUAGAAUCGGCCAUGUACGGCAGAGGUGGCAAUCCUACCCCCAAAUCCUUUGUAAAGAAUUUGGGCAAAUACCGAACUGAAUCUGACUCCUAAUUAGUUACAUGACUUUUCGGAUUCGGUUCGGCCAGGACCGUGGAUACAGCCGAAUCCAAAUCCUGCAAAAAAAGGCCAAAUUGUGGCCGAAUUCCGAACCAAAUUGAGUGCAUCCCUACUGCUAAUGAAAGAAAAUGCUAAAUUCAUGCAAACACUGUGUAUGUAUAAAUAUAUUGUGUGUUCUCUAGGAGAGGUGCAAUGCACCAUUCUCUUGUUAAAUCACUCAAAGAAAUCAUUUUUCUUCUUAUCAUACAAUUGUGUAAUAGGUCCUUUCAGCGUAGAUCCAGUAUUUGGGAUUUAUUUUGUUUUGGUUUUUUUCGAGUAUUUUUGGGGCAGAUAUAUUUUCAGUCUCUGUAGACCUGAUGGACACUGAAGGAGCUCACUGUAUAUUGGAAUGGGAUUAUUGUAUUUAUUAAAGAAUAAUAAACAUUUAACUUUUCA